AUGGCGGAGAAUGACUACGCGAUAGCGGUUGUCUCGGAACCCUAUUGGGUCCCGGACGACAACCCCCAGUGGGCCGCGAAUGACCGAAAAACGGUCGCCAUUACCUGGCGAGAAACUGAAAACCCACUGCCCUCAACACCAGUGGGGCAGGGCGACGAUUUUGUCGUGGUCAAAUGGGAGGACAUUCUGAUUAUCGACACCUACCUGCCCGCCAGCCUUGACAUGGCUCGAGUUGAACAGUCUCUGGAUGAGGUGAAGGGCCUCAUCCGGAGGUUCCAGGCCGGUCCGGUCCUUCUAAUGGGCGAUUUUAAUGCCAAGGUCGACCUUUGGGGCUCUGCCACAACGAACGUGCGAGGCAGAUGCCUGUGUGAGUGGGCGAGCGCCGUCGAUUUGUGCUGCCUCAACACAAGAGGCGAAAGCACGUGUGUGAGGGCACAGGGCGAGUCCAUCGUGGACAUAACCUUUGCCAGCCCUACAGCGGCUGCACGGGUGAACAGUUGGAGAGUGGCUCCGCACGAAACGUGCUCCGACCAUCUAUACAUAGAGGUGGUGCUAGAGGACACGGCGUCCCAAAUCAAAAAGAGGGGACUCCCACGUCCGCAGAGGUGGGCGGCGAAAAAGGUCGAUGAGGACCUCCUACGUGCCUCCAUUAUCGUGGGCACAUGGGCCGGAGUAAGCCUGCCUAAUGAAUGGGACCUUAAGGUAGAGGCGUUCCAACUACAAACGGUGCUGAUCCGUGCGUGCGACGCAGCGAUGCUGCGAGCGAUCCCGCACCCCAGGAAAGCGAUGCCCUGGUGGAGCGACGACCUGGUCCAACUCAGGACAGAGGUGACGGCCACGAGAUGUCGCCUGAAAAGAUUCCGGAGGAGGGUCAAUUCUGAUCCGUGUGAAGCGCCCUGA